UAAAGCUCAUGUGAUUUUUUAUUUUUUUUUUCAUUCCUUUUGGGAAAGAAGAAGUUUCUGUCAGUAUCAUUAUAUAAGCCGCACCACUUACCACAGUGUGUUACAUGAAGUAAGAAGAGACUCCUGUUUAGAUUGCUUGAGGUGAGCUAUGGCUCGUCAGACUGAAGCAGUGCUCCUUCUUAUUCUGGCCACAGCAGCCUUUGCGUCAGCGACAUUCCAUCUAAGAUGUCCGUAUGGCUGGAAGAAGUAUGGCUAUCGUUGCUUCCAAUAUCAGGCUACCAGACUAAACUGGAAUUCGGCUGAGCAUCACUGUCAGAGUCUUGGUGGACACUUGGUCUCAAUACACAAUGAAAUUGAAUAUCAGUGGGUUAAAGCUGUAAUUCGUGCUCAUGACCAUAAGGAGAAUCCAGCAUGGAUCGGCCUUUCUGACUGUCAGCAGAAAUAUAGGUGGGUUUGGUCUGAUGGCAACCCAGUGACUUUCACCAGGUGGAACCCAGGAGAACCAAAUCAUUGGUUCGGAGAGUGCUGUGUGCAUAUGAGUUUUGGCAGAAAGAAGAACUGGAAUGACAUCCACUGCCACAAGAAAUAUCCCUUUGUGUGUGCCAGAGGGCUUUGGUGAAAUGCUCCCAGCCUCACCUCACCAAUUAUUAUGAACUUUUAUAUAAAGUUUUUAUUUUCACUGAUGGAUUUAACUGUGCAAUUUACCAUA